AUUUUUUUUUAGGUCUUGGAGGUUUAGCAAGAUGGAGGAAGCUCAAGAACAGUCAUCAAUCAUCAAAGGUUCUGAAGCUAAAGAAAUGAUGUCGCCUGGAAUUUUCCAAGGUGACCUUCAAUCAGAUGCGCCAUGCCUUAGGCAGUAUACGUGGUGGCUUCAAGUUGCCAUUUAUACAAUCCUCACACUUGCUGGCCAGACAGUUGGCGUUCUCUUGGGAAGAUUGUAUUUUGACAAGGGUGGAAAUAGUGAAUGGAUGGCUACAUUGGUGCAAAACAUAGGCUUUCCAGUACUUCUUCCUUUCCUGCUUUCUUCACCCUCAAAAACUCGAAAUCAAGAAACUGGCAUUGUCCGGCCAUCAUUUGUGGUUUUAGCUUCAACUUAUACCUUCCUUGGUCUAUGUCUAGCAGGGGAAUCUCUGUUAUACUCACUUGGUCUAAAAUACCUUCCAGUUUCCACUUUUUCUCUAAUCAACACGAGCCAAUUAGCCUUCAAUGCUCUCUUUGCAUAUUUCCUCAACUCACAGAAGCUUACUCCUUUCAUAAUAAACUCGCUCGUGUUGCUGACUCUCUCCUCUGUAGUCCUCGUAAUCCAAGAUGAUUCUGAAGAUUCCAACAAAACCUCUAACAACAAAUACACAGCUGGGGUCAUAUGCACUAUUGCUGCAUCUGCCUUGUAUUCCUUUAUGCUCUCUGCAACACAACUCAUCAUUCAAAAAAUACUGAAAAAAGAAACUUUCAGACUGAUAAUUGAUCUGACAAUAUAUAAGUCCUUAGUUGCAACAGUUGCAAUCACAAUAGGGAUUUUUGUCAGUGGACAAUGGAAGAGUUUGAAGUCAGAAAUGGAGGAGUUUAAGCUGGGGAAAGUGUCGUAUAUCAUGACCUUGCUUUGGACCGCGGUAUCAUGGCAAGUUUUUGAUCUUGGUUGCAACGGACUGAUUUUCAAAGUUUCAUCUCUAUUCUCCAAUGUCAUUAGUGUUGUAGGCUUGCCUGUCGCUCCAGUUCUAGCUGUGGUAUUUUUCCAUGAUAAGGUAACUGGUGCUAAGGUCUUAUCCUUACUCUUAGCAUUAUGGGGAUUUACAUCAUAUGUUUAUCAGCAGUAUCUUGAUGAUAUGAAGGCCAAGGCUGACAGGAAUUCAACUUCCAAUGAAGUUGUUGAAGCUUCCUCAGUUGGAAUCAAGUAGUACUGUUCUGUAGAAUUUCUAAAUGUUCUUGUUCAUUUAAGGACACAUAUUAUUCUUCAACAUUGUUGUCAAUUUGAAAGAACAACAUUAGUCUUU